AUGGCCGGGAGCGGGUGGGCGAAGGCGCAGGCCGGGGGGAUGCUGCUGGCCCUCCUCGGGUGGGUCUCCUCCUGCGUCACCACCUUCGUGCCGCUCUGGAAGAGCCUCAGCCUGGACCUGAACGAGCUGGAGGUCUGGACCAUGGGGCUCUGGCAGGUCUGCAUCGCCCGGGAGGAGGGGACGGUCGAGUGCCGAGCCCACGGCUCCUUCCUGGCGCUGCCCGCCGAGCUGCGCGUCUCCCGCCUCCUGAUGUGCCUCUCCAACGGGCUGGGGCUGCUGGGCUGCCUCCUCGCCGCCCCGGGGCUGGAGGGCUGGAGAGCCUGCGAGGACAAACCCCGGCUAAAGCGGCGACUCCUGCUCGCCGGGGGAGCGGCGUUCGGCGCGGCGGGGAUGGCCACCCUGGCGCCGGUCUCCUGGGUGGCCUACAACACCGUCCUCGCCUUCUGGGACGACGCCGUCCCCGCCAUCGUCCCCCGGUGGGAAUUCGGGGAGGCCACCUUCCUGGGGUGGUUUGCCGGAGCCUUCCUCGCCGCCGGCGGGCUGCUCCUCGCCUGCGGCGCCCGCUCCACAGGACCCGACGCCGCGCCCCCCUGCCGUCCCCCCGCCCCACGGGGUCCGGCUGGGGGCCACCACCCGCACCCCAGAAACGCAGACCUGGUCGUCUAG